AAUGUUGAUCUCUAAUUCUGAGGAAAUUAACAACGGUGUUCCGUACACUCAAUUACCGGAGUCGGACAACAACCACUCCGGUAAUUCUCCGGUGGCUGCAACAUGGCGGAGACCCAAAAAAAUGACGUUCAUGAUAUUAACAGGUUUGGUGGCAUUUUUUUUAUUUUUCGUUGCGGUGAAAUACGGGAAUUACGAAGAUAUCGAUGACGUAGAUUCGGGACUGCAAGAAACAGUGUGCAAUAUGCUUGGUUCGAAUCUAAUGCCGUUGACCAACAUGAGGACGUUGGCUCGUGGGAAGGCGGAAGGCGUCUCUGCCAAAUCACGUGGACAAUUUUUGGGUGCACGGCCGUUUCCGUGGACCAAAAAUAUAUUGGCUUGGCAAAGAACGUCCUUCCAUUUUCAACCUAAGAAGAAUUGGAUGAAUGAUCCCAAUGGCCCAUUAUAUUAUAAAGGAUGGUACCAUUUGUUCUACCAAUACAAUUCAGAGGCAGCUGUAUGGGGAAACAUUGUAUGGGGCCAUGCAGUCUCAAGAGACCUAAUUCACUGGCAACAUCUGCCAGUGGCUAUGGUAGCGGAUCAAUGGUAUGACAUUAAUGGUGUUUGGACCGGAUCAGCUACCUUUCUACCUGACGGUAAACUCAUAAUGUUAUAUACUGGGUCGACCAACGAAUCAGUCCAAGUUCAAAAUCUUGCAUACCCGGCCGAUCCAUCGGAUCCUCUUUUAAGAAAAUGGAUCAAGUAUGAGGGCAACCCGGUUCUGGUACCACCACCCGGGAUUGCCCAGAAGGACUUUCGUGACCCAACGACCGCGUGGACCACACCAGAAGGCAAAUGGCGAAUUACUAUUGGUUCAAAGGUUAAUAGAACCGGAAUCUCAUUGGUCUAUGACACAAUUGAUUUUAAGAAUUUUGAAUUAUUGGAGGGUGUCCUCCAUGGUGUACCGGGUACGGGCAUGUGGGAGUGUGUGGACUUUUAUCCAGUUUCUAAAAUUGGCGAAAAUGGACUUGAUACAUCAGAAAAUGGGCCUGCAGUGAAACAUGUUUUGAAGUCCAGUCUUGAUGAUGAUCGAAAUGACUAUUAUGCCCUUGGAACAUAUGAUGCUGUGGCUGGAAAAUGGAUACCUGAUAAUCCCACAAUUGAUGUUGGUAUUGGGCUAAGAUAUGAUUAUGGAAAUUUUUAUGCAUCAAAAACAUUUUAUGACCAAGAGAAAAAGAGAAGAAUUCUUUGGGCUUGGAUUACAGAAAGUGAUAGUGAAGCUGCUGAUAUUUGCAAGGGUUGGGCCUCACUUCAGUCAAUUCCAAGGACUUUAAAGUAUGAUAAGAAGACUGGAAGCAACAUAAUUACAUGGCCAGUGGCUGAGGUUGAAAAUUUGAGAUCAAAUAACAAGGAAUUCAACAAGGUUGUUGUUAAGCCAGGCUCAGUUAUCCCAUUAGAAGUUGGUUCUGCCACUCAGUUGGACAUAAUGGCUGAAUUUGAAAUAGACCCAAAGGUGUUGAAGAGAAUAGAUGGAAGUAAUGCUACAUAUAAUUGUAGAAACAGUGGUGGAUCUGCUGAACGUGGUGCAUUAGGACCAUUUGGUUUAUUGGUUUUAACAGAUAAUGGAUUAUCAGAACAAACUCCAAUUUAUUUCUACAUUGCUAAAGAGGCUACUGGCAAUUUCAACACAUUUUUUUGCAAUGAUCUCACAAGGUCAUCUGAAGCAACAGAUGUUCGGAAACUAAUCUAUGGCAGCACAGUUCCAGUUCUCCAAGGAGAAAAACUUUCUCUAAGAACACUGGUGGAUCAUUCGAUAAUAGAAAGUUUUGCACAAGGUGGAAGGACAUCAAUUACGUCAAGGGUAUAUCCGACAAAGGCAAUAUAUGAAAAUGCUAAGCUCUAUUUGUUCAAUAAUGCUACAGAUAUUAGCAUUACUGCUACAAUAAAGAUUUGGCAAAUGAAUUCUGCAAAUAUACAAUCUACUUAAAUUUAAUUAAUUAAUAAUGUUCCAAGAUUUCAUUUCUUAAUUUUUGAUUUUCCACCAUGUAUUUUGUGCCAUUCUUUUAGUUAUUUAUUUUUUCUUCUUUUUAUUGUAAUUUCAUCUUUCCCAAUUUU